UUUUGUUAUUUUGCAGAAAAAAACAUGUCUGCAAUAAUCAAGGAUGUGUGUGAUGGGUCAUCUCUUGCCAACCAUGAAUGCUUUGCACUGCAACAUGCUGACCGUUCAAAUUUCUAUAUUACAGAAAAGAAUCGCAAUGAAAUAAAAAACGGCACUAUCCUUCGAUUAACCACAUCUCCAGCUCAGAAUGCCCAGCAGCUCCAUGAACGCAUCCAGUCGUCAAGUAUGGAUGCCAAGCUGGAGGCCCUGAAGGACUUGGCCAGCCUGUCCCGGGAUCUCACGUUCGCCCAGGAAUUCAUCAACCUGGAUGGCAUCUCUCUCCUCACCCAGAUGGUAGACAGCGGCACUGACCAAUACCAGAAAUUGCAGAAGAUUAUGAAGCCUUGCUUUGGGGACAUGCUGUCCUUCACGUUGAUGGCCUUUGUAGAGCUCAUGGAUCAUGGCAUCGUGUCUUGGGACACGUUUUCGGUGGCAUUCAUUAAGAAGAUAGCAAGUUUUGUGAACAAGUCGGCCAUGGACAUCUCAAUCCUGCAGUGGUCCUUGGCCAUUUUGGAGUCCAUGGUGCUCAAUAGCCAUGACCUCUACCAGAAGGUGGCACAAGAGAUCACCAUUGGCCAACUCAUUCCUCAUCUUCAAGGAACCGAUCAGGAAAUUCAAACCUAUACCAUCGCUGUCAUCAACGCACUCUUCCUGAAAGCUGCUGACGAGCGCAGGCAGGAAAUGGCAAAUAUUUUGGCUCAGAAGCAGCUGCGUUCCAUCAUUCUAACACAUGUCAUCCGUGCCCAGCGGGCCAUCAACAACGAGAUGGCCCACCAAUUAUAUGUUCUCCCAAGUGCUCACCUUCAACCUCCUGGAAGACAGGAUGAUGACCAAAAUGGACCCCCAGGAUCAGGCUCAAAGAGACAUCAUAUUUGAACUUCGAAGAAUUGCUUUUGAUGCGGAGACUGAACCUAAUAAUAGCAGCAGCAGCUUGGAGAAACGCAAGUCCAUGUACACCCGGGAUUACAAGAAACUUGGCUUCAUUAAUCAUGUCAACCCUGCCAUGGACUUCACCCAGACUCCUCCUGGGAUGCUGGCUCUUGACAACAUGCUGUACUUCGCCAAACAUCACCAAGAUGCGUAUAUUCGGCUUAUUCCAUUCUACAAGUUAUCAUUGUGUGUAGCUGAAUUGUGUGCUAUUGCCAGUAGCAUGUCUAAUUUUACUAGCAAAAUUGAAGUUCAAACCUACAAGGGACUUGCUGUGGUGAGGCUACAGUUAGCCGCAUGUCCUCACAGCACCUGUGAUUGCCCACAGCUGGCCCAAUGGAAGAAGGGCAGUUUGGCUUUCCUGCGUUUAGUGGCAUCUCUCGCCUGACCUGGCUGGUAUCCCUGUUGGGUGAGCUUUCUCUGGUGUCUGCCACUUUGGAAGAGCAAGAAGAGGAGCAGUAUAUGCAAAUGACUGUGCACCUAGAGACCAAGGACAGAUGGUAACUCCUGAGAAACCUGAUGAAAAGGAGACUUCCGGCUGUGUCCAUUGUAUACAAGGGUGACAACAGAGAAAACCCCAAGGGACACAGCCAGUUGUCCCAGUGCAGCAGAGCUGACAGCUUGCAAAGACUAGAAAUUAGUCCCACUUGUGUUGCCUCCAUUGUCCAGUAAGUGAAUAGUUGCUUACAGAAUUGAAGCAUGUUGCUGAAGUCUUUACUGUAUACUUCUUUAUUUGCAUACUCAAUUUAGAGAUUGGCCUCUCACUGCAUUUACCAGGAGGAUCCUGAUGUAGUUGGCUCAAGUGAUCCUCAUGCCUCAGCCUCCCCAGUAACUGGGACUCUGGGCCUGCACCCCUGCUCCCAGCUCCCUUCAUGUAGCUUUACGGAUGAGGAAAUGGAGGUGUGAGAAAUAUCUUGCCAUUCUGCAAUGCCUCAUAUCUGAAGGCAUGAUAAACAUUCUGAGAUAGAUCAGACUGUUUAUAUUACCUAAAGUUUAUUUGCAUCCAAUGACUCUUAGCUAUCCUAGCCUGUGAAUGCAGUCCUGGCUUCUGAUGGUGCCAGGGAAGUGAGUGUUGUGCCUAGGUUGCAGGACCCCCACCAAGAAGACCACCGAGAGUCAACUUUACAGCUGUUUUGAGGUUUUAUUUAGGCGGGCUGCAGCUCGGGCCUCAUCCUACACUCUGACACAGCGGAGCCUAGGAGGAGAGCCCCAAGUUAAGGAU